AUGGUUGUGGCGAAGGUUGUAAACGACGUGCUCGUCGACAAUGGACAAGCCCAUAUCGAGGAGCUGAGUCUGGUGAAUAGCCAACUUCGAGAGAAGGUGGCCGAGUUUGAAAGUGGGCGAGUCAAGGUGAAGCAGGAGGCUCAGGACGAUGGAAAACCCCUUCUCACCUCACGUGAAGCUCAAGACCAAAGCUCUCGGGAUGCGGAGGAUGCAAGGAUCGCAGAAUUAGAGAAAUCCGUGGACGAAUAUCGCAGGAAGUUUCAACGUCCCUUUCCUGACACUAGAGUACAGGCCUGUGCAGUGGGUAAUCAGACGCGCCAUGAUCCGGAGACCUCUUCUCGAUCUGACGAUGACGAUGAAUCAGGAGACGAGACGCCGUCGGAGGACGAAGAGGAAGAGGGAGAUGACGAUGACGAAAGCGGAUCAGAUGAAGAUGAAGGCAAAGAGGAUGAGGGGUUGCCUGAAAACAGUGUGCCCGGAGUCCGUGAUUUGAAGUCCGCGCAUACUCUCAAUGCUUUGAGUAAAAUAUUGGGGGACUUCCCUCAAGCAAAGAAACGUCCUCGGUUCGGGAAACUUCGCCCUGUCUCCGCCAGGGCAACCAACUUGGAAGAAUAUCUAGCAUCAGUAACUCUUCAUAACACGCUACCCGUUUCGCUUUUUUUUCUGACUUCAUCUAUGUUCCAGGAUCCGAGAACAUCCUGGUGCUCGAAGAGCUUUCUGUAUCUUCCUGGCCGUCUCGUCUGGUGCUCAAAGAGGAAAGACCACGCUCUCGCAUUUGGUCCCAUCUUCGCUUUCAAAUCGGGAAAGUGGAGUGAAACAUUCUCCUUCUCCCAUGUACUCGGGAAAAAGGUCGAGCUAUUCUUUCUUCACAAAAAGCAGAUCUACUAUGGGGGAAGCUACAUUUGCCAUAACAGUGGGCCACAGAACAAAGACGGUUUUCCAAUCCAGAAGGACAUGAUGGAUAAAUGGAAGGAGUUACCUUUUCGCCUUGCCGAGGCAAGCAUCGAAAAAUCUGCAAAAAAACGAGGUGCGAUGCGCAAAAUUGUAACGCGCAUGUACCUCGAUGGCGUUCUCAAGGCGGAAUGUUUGGGUCUUCAAUGCGUCGGCUUCAACAAUGGCUUGAACAGUGUCUUGAGUCAAAGGCUGGCCGACCAAAAGACAUCUAAAAAACGGAAGGCGGACUCGGGUAUCAGUGUGAAUAUGAUGGAAGCAGAGAAGAACGCACGCGGCUACGGCGUACGCCGCUUGUUGUCAAUCCAGGAACCUCGAAAGCGUGAACUGGUCGAAUAG